AUGAGUGAUAUUAAAUUAUUUUCUUUUUAUGAAUUAAAAUUCCAUUUCCCAUUACAUUUAGUCAAAAUGUAUAAAAUGAUAUUUAAAAUAGUAAAUGAGUUAAAUAUACAAGGGAAAUAUGAUGAAACUUUAGAGUAAUUGGAUAAAAAUAUUGAGAAUAACAAAAACAACAUCACUUUAUACAUGAAAAAGAGUAAAUUUUGUUAAAUUUAAAUAGCUUAACUUUUAGCUAAAUUGGGUAAAUUAUAGGAAAUUUUAAAUACUUGGGAUUUAGGAAUUUUAAAUAAUGCGCACGAUCUCAAUUUCUAUUAAGAAAAAGGUAAGACUUGCUUUUCAAUAUAUUAGCCUAAGCUCUAAGGAAUCAAGGUAAAUAAAACCUGCUCAUUGAAUUAUAUGAUUAUGCAAUAACAUAAAAUGUCAAAGAUGUUACGUUUUAUUAGUUAAAAUGUAAAAAAAGGAGUUUCAUAAUCAUUAGGUCGAGAAUUAUUUGAACAGAAGAGAUUUACUGAAAUAUUGGAAUGCUGGGAUUAUGGAAUUAACCAUAAUAAAGAGCAUAAAAUAUUUUACAUUUAGAAAAUUAUCUCCAUAAAAAAUUUAUAUACUCAAAAUGACGGAUUAAUAACUGAUGAAGGAUGGAGAAAAAUAGCAGAAUGUUGGAAUUUAGGGAUUAUGUAUAAUAACAAUGAUCACUCGUUCUACAUGGAAAAAGCGUAAGCUUUAGAAAAAUUAGGUGAAUAUGAAGAAGUGUUGGCAUGCUUAGAUUUAGGACUUAAACAUAAUAAAUAUCAACUGCUUUUAUACAAAAAAAAAGGGUAAAUCUUAGAGAAAAUGGGAAAAGAAUAAGAAAUAAUUGAUAAUUAUGAUAAAGCAAUUUCUCUAAUGAAGCAUCCUGGUAUUUAUGUGGAAAAAGCAAAUGCUUUAAUCAAAUAAUAAAAAUGGCAUGAAUUAAUAGAAUUUUGUAGUUCAGAUAAAUAGAAGGAAUAUAAUUAUUUCUUUUUAGUCAAGAAUUUAAUUUAAGCAUUAUCAGAAUUAGAAAGAUAAGAAGAAAUUAUUAAAGUAUGUGAAGAACAUAUUCAUAGGAAUGAUAUGUUUAUUUAUAAAUCGAAAGGUUAAAUUAUUAUUUAGAAUUUAGCGAACGCAUUAUUAAAAUAAGGAUUGCUAAAUGAAGCCAUCUAAAGUUGGGAUGAAGCUAUUAGAAUAAAUAAUAAUUUACAAGAAUAUUAAAUCGAAAAAAGUAGUUUUAUAGAACUAGAUUUAGUGAAUGCAUUAAAGGAACUUCAUAGAUAUCCAGAGGCACUUCAAAUUUGUAAUUAUAUAAUCAGUUUAGAAUUAACUAAUUAAAUAGAGAUGUAAAAUUUGAAAUGUAUUAAAAAUUAUAUUCUAUUUAGUGGAUAUCUUAGAGAAACAAGGUAAUUUUAGAGAGGCUCUAAAGAUAUCAAGAAUGAAUGA